AUGAAAAUAAGAGAUAAAAACCAAAUACAGAACUGCUAUUUAAAUAUCUUCAGUGGAAUUUUCUUAGCUCUGCUUUUGGCUUUUAGUUUGUGGCUUUUAUUUGACAGAAACGAUUUCUUCAGUGUUUUUUUUCUCAUUUCUUCCAUCAAGAACUAGCCCGUGACAUAUCUUUCUUGUAUAAAGCUUGUCAUUGGGUCUAUUUUUACUGUUACAUCAGCCAUGGGAGUCCUUGGUGUUGUGGAAAUCAAAUGUCUGCUGGUUACAUAUAUGAGUUUUCAAAUCCUGGUGUUUGUAAUGCAGAUGGCAAUACUGGUGCUAAUAAUGAUGAAAGAAGAACAGGUUCAAAAUCAAUGGAACAACAGAAUUGAUGAUUUUAUUUCUGAAUACAGGAAUAAGAGUCUGACUGAGCAGGAAUCUGUGUGGAACAUUCUGAGUGCUAUGCAGCAUGAUAUAAAAUGCUGUGGAAGAUGCAAUGCCACACAGGAGAAAAGGAUAAACAAAAAUAAUACUCAAUUCCCAUGUCCAUGCACAAAUUACAAUCUGAAGAAAUGGUUUUGUGAUGUCCCAAGGGAUUCAACAUACAGUGUGGGAUGUGAAGAACAUUUAAACACAUAGUUUGGAAACAAUGUUCUUACCUUAAUCAACAUUACUAUCAGCCUCCUAACCACACAGAUUUUUUUGAUUGCACUCACUGGCUAUCUAAAAACCAGGAAGACUAAUAUUUGGCCAAAUGAAUCAUGA